AUGUCCGCAGAUGAUAGUGUCCCGCAAACAAUUCGAGCCAUGUCGCUCGAAAACCUCCCUUAUGACAUUCUUCAGGCCAUAUACACCAGCAUCGACACGCAACGCGACAGAAAUGCUCUCCUCAGAACAUGUCGCUGCUUCUACAAUCUUUGGAACGAACCUCUCUACCAGACGGCGGUCCAACUCUGGCCAGCCCCGACAGCAAAAUGGACAAUAAAGCACGGCCGCAAGGACACAUUGCAGAAACUCCUCGACGCAGGACUUCCGCUGAUUGCAGUCCACGCCUUGGGCCUGCAAUUCCAGGCAAUCAGCCAUGACAAGGAAGGAAUCGUCCGGGUGUUGAUUCGCCACGGAGCAGAUAUCGAAUGCUCGCAUCGCGAUUCCGAAAUGACGCCUCUACUCCAGUGUAUUGAGUUCGGACGCGAUUCUAUCGCUGCGCUUUUACUUGAGCAGGGAGCUGAUCCAAACAAUGGGGGCGAGCGCGACUGGCCGCCGUUGACGGCUGCGGCGAUCUAUUCCCGUACGAAGAUCACGGCUCUGUUACUCGAGAAAGGAGCCAGGUUGGAAAAUACACUGCCUCUAGCUGAGACGCUGCGCAGACGAGAUUCGGGGAGGGAGACGCUCGAGGUGCUCCUUCAUCGAGCGCCGAGGAUGCUUCUGCAGCAGACGGAUGAUCAUGAGUGUACCCUGCUUGAUCGUGCUGUCGAAGCCAAUAAUGCGCCCGCUGCUAAACUGCUACUGCAAGCGGGGGCGAACUUGUACUCUGGUGGCCCGGGUUCCACGCCGCUAUUAGAGGCAAUCAGACGCGGGCGAACUGAAAUGAUUUCCUUUCUCUUAAGUGAGGGGGCGUCUUCGAACCAGCGAGAAGACCAGUAUUCGCCUCUGGCGGUGGCCAUUGAGAAGCGGGCUCCAGGGAUUGCGCAGCAAUUGAUAGAAGCCGGGGCUAAUCCCGAAUGUAUUCCGAGCUGGUUGGGUCAGGGAAAAGAUGAGUCUCAAUAUGAUGUUUUGUACUGGAAUCAUACAUCUCUGGUGCAUGCUGUACAUCAUGGCCUUGAGGAUACGGUCAGUCUCCUACUUGACGCAGGCGCAAAUCCAAAUCCAACAGUCACAGACGGAUUCAGCCCGCUUGUCGUAGCGGCUUUGUAUGAUCACGGUCGUAUGGCAGAACGGCUGCUCGAAAAAGGCGCAACCCCGGACCCUGUUGCUCAUUGCACCGCACUCACUCCAUUAGCAUGGGCAGUCAGGAAUGGCAAUGAGAGACUCGCCAGGGGACUCCUCGAACGAGGCGUCGACCCCAACAGAUGUUAUGAAUUCGGCUGCACGCCGUUGAUCCUGUCUGCGCUCAACGGCCACGCACAAAUAGCAAAGAUGCUGCUGGAGUACGGUGCGGACCCGUACAUCACAGACGAGCAGGGCCGGACACCGCUAGCUAUAUCGGCCCAACGGGGCUUCGCAGAUGUCGUAUUUGCCCUCGUCGAGAAUGGUCAUGCAACAGACAUCCCAGACAAGCAAAAACGAACACCUCUCUUCUACGCAGUGCUCGGCUGCUACGUGAAAGUUGUCGAGCUGCUUCUCGCAAGCGGCAGCUGGUCCGCGGAUACAGCAACCACGGCAGAUCGUACUGCGCGCUCAGUAUCAACCCAGCUUCUCGCCUGCCCAGCGCUUCAUCAACGCGAGGAGCCCCAUCAGAUCUGGGGCCUCCUCCACCACCAACCGAAAAUCGGUCUUGAUAUAGAACAGAUGGGCGAUCUACCUAAGCAGGAAAUCAAGCGAAUCCCGAUAAAAACGCCGCACUCAACUCGUCGCUGGGCUGACGAGCCUCGCACUCGGACGCGCUGGGACCUGUAUGUUCACUUGCACAUGCUCUGUGGAGGAUGCGGUGGGUUCGUAUACCAAUAUGAGGACCGUUGCCAUGCAGGCCAGGCCAAUAUUUGUUUGGAGUGUAUUGCCGGAAAGGGACCCCUUGAUGCAUCCGAUCCGCUCAUAUUCUGCAUCGGUGAGGCCCAGGUUGAUUUCCGGCCUGUUUGA